GAGCAUGGAGCCCUUCUCCCUGCCAGAACCAGGCCUUCCUGAAGGGAAGAGCUCAUCCGUGCCACAGAGAACCCACCAUGUGCUGGUGGGCGUGACUGGAAGCGGGGCUGCCAUGAAGCUGCCUCUCCUCGUCGCUGAACUGCUGAAAAUCACUGGGCUCGAAGUGAAGGUGGUCACUACUGAGAGAGCAAAGCAUUUCUACAACAUCCAGGAGAUCCCCGUCACACUCUACAGCGAUGAAGACGAAUGGCAGCUGUGGAGAGGCCGCUCGGACCCAGUGCUGCACAUCGAGCUCCGACGCUGGGCUGACCUCAUGGUGGUGGCACCUCUUGAUGCCAACACGCUGGGGAAGCUCGCCAAUGGCAUCUGCGACAACCUGCUGACUUGUGUCAUCCGCGCUUGGGAUCUGAGCAAACCUCUGCUCUUCUGCCCAGCUAUGAAUACGGCCAUGUGGGAACAUCCCAUCACAGCUCAGCAGGUGGAGCAGUUGAAAAGCUUUGGCUACACGGAGAUCCCCUGUGUGGUGAAGAAACUGGUAUGUGGAGAUGAAGGCCGAGGUGCCAUGGCAGAAGUGUGGACCAUUGUGGAGAGUGUAAAAAGGAUCCUUGAAGAACGGGACUUGCCAGUGCAGAGCUGAUGAUUUG